AUGGAGCUAAACGAGAAACAUCGUUGUAAAAUUUCGUCUGAGAAAUGCGAAAAAAUUCCAAUAGACUGCCACGUCAAGCGCAUAACAUCCAAAAUUGUUGAGAACCCAAAGGCGCAGUCAUGCACCGUGCUGCGAAUGGUUUUCUUUCUGAUCUUUUUAGUGCUACUCGUGAUUAUUAGCUAUACGAGCUGGCUGAAGAUUAGACGCUCUGAGCUGCGCAACAAUAACAAGCUUAUGCUAAAGUUUGAUGCGCUGUGCAAAGCGCAGCAGCAAUUGCAAUUGAAUGAGACCAAGUUGAUAAGGCAGCAGGAGCAAUACUUUGGCUAUAACAUUUGGCUAUCGGAGCGCACUUGCCUGCAACGCGAGUUGCCUGAUGUGAGGCACAAACUCUGUGGCUCAAAGCAGUACGAGCAUCUACCCAAUGUUAGCUUGAUAAUGAGCUAUCAUCAGCUGGAUGCAAGUGUCUUGCUGCGUGCGCUGCAGAGCAUCAAAGAUCGCACGCCAGAGUCGCUGCUGCAGCAGCUCAUACUCAUAGACGAUGCCAGCGAGCAGCCCGAGCUGCGUAGUCCAGAGUUUCAUGCGCAUCUCAAGCAACUUUUUGGCGAGAAGCUGCAAAUGCAGCGCUUGGAACAAUUCGUUGGUAGCUGGCGUGCGCGUCUGUUGGCUGCAGCUGAAGCUACAGCGGAGGUGCUUGUCUUUAUGGAUCCGUAUGUUGAGGUAAAUGUGGAUUGGCUGCCGCCACUACUGGCGCCCAUCAAGCAGAGCUACUUGCUUAGCACUACUUCGCAUAUGGAUGCAAUCAGUGCACAGAAUCUUAAGUAUGCGCCAAAUGCUUUUCAACUGGCCAUGUACGACUGGAAGCUGCACAAGUUGCUGCUGCCACUAAGAGGCAAGCAACAGCAGCAGCUGCCAGCGCCGUAUGAAACGCCUUUGAUUUCCAGCAAGGUGCUGGCCAUAAAUCGCGCGUGGCUCUUUCAGCUGCAAGCCUAUCAAACGGAUUAUUACAAUCCCACUGUGGUGCAGUUGGAGCUAAGCAUGAAGAUUUGGCUAUGCGGCGGCAAAGUGUUGAGGGUGCCCUGCUCCCGUGUGGGUUAUCUUAGCACACAAGUUGAAAAUCACAGCGAGGAGGAAAUUCAACUAGAUAGCUGGCAGGAUAAAUUUGAGGGCACCAAGAACUUCAUAGACGUUUGGUUCGACGAAUACAAACAUGCAGUCUAUAAUAACAUAAAGCAGCUUAAAGAUCUGGCAGGCAUUAAUACAGCCACGCAGCUGGAGCAGCGUCGUCAAUUGCAGUGCAAGCCUGCCGACUACUAUUUCCGCUAUGUGGCACCAGAGCUGCUUAACAUGGACGCUGCACAAUUUCCCAAGCUCAGCGUGCGUGGUGUGCUCAAAGUCAUGGGUCAGCCCAGUUUGUGCCUCAGCAGCGCGCAAAUUAACUCCACCAACAUGUUAGUGCUGAGCAGCUGCAUCAAGUCUAUUGUCAAGAAGCAGCAGAUAUGGCAACUGGAUGAGCAUGGCGGUCUGGCGCAGCGUGGCAGUUGCGUUGAGUCCUUGCCCGGCAAUGUCACGCAUUUAAUGCGACUUAGCGAUUGCAACUACACUGAGCCGAGUGCACAUCAGUACUGGAGCUACGACUUUGAUACGCUGCAGUUUCAGUGGCAUAAUCCUGGCAAUAUUACGCUUUGCUUGCAAGCGCUAACGCGUUAUAAGUUGAUCAUUAGCAGACCCUGCGAGAAGCACAAUAUAUAUCAGAAGUGGACCUUUCAGCCCUUUAAUCAAACUGUCUACGAUUCGUACAUCGAGCAGUGGUGGCCAAAUAAGUGAGCCACAGCUUUAAAGCUAAAACUAAAGUUAAAGUUGUU